AUGACUUUCAGAGAAGAGCUAAAGUCCAGGAACUUCAGCAUUUACGGACAAUGGACCGGCAUACUUUGCGUCAUCCUUUGCUUCGCCAUGGGUAUCGCCAACCUCUUUGAGGGCUGGAAGCAUCUCAUUUUCAGUGUGAUUUGCCUGAUCUGUUCGCCUAUCAUCUUCUUUGUCGAAGUCGCUUUCCUUUUGAAGCUGCCCAUCUGGUCUGAGGGCUUCCGCUCCUUCUUCCGCCGCCUCCAGGAGAACUGGCCCCGCAUCAUCAUGUACCUCAUCAUGAGCAUCGUUCAGUGGAUCAGCAUUGCGGUUGGACCUAGCAGCUUGAUUGUGCCGGCCAUUUUCCUGCUGUUCGCUGGCCUGUUCUACUUGAUCGCAGAGCUCAAGCACCAAGAUUUCCAGAGCAGCAAGAUGCUGGGUGGACAGGGUAUUGCGCAGAUGAUCGUCUAG